CCACUCCGUUCUCACGUCCCAUCUUUGGGCUCAAUCGUGUCAGCGAGAUCAACAGAGCACAACAAUCAUCAGGUGACGACGAGAAACCCAGAUCGCUCUCUCAAGCCAUGUCCAUCGUACCUAUCUCUAAUGCGAGAAGCAAUUCUCCUAUCCGAUCACGCGACUCUACAACCCCGUCCUCAACCUUCAAUCUGGACCAUCUCCAAGCUCUGGCCCUGCAUCAUCCAUACAGUUCUGCAUUCCUUCUAGGAUCGACUCUCACUUUGACCUUCUGCUCCAGCGUGCUCCUCACCAAACGCCUCUUCUUCCCUUCUCAUCAGGCUGCGGCUCAGAUCACGAGGCAUGAAUUGGCCAACCUCCACUCUCGAGUACUCGAAAGGUUGGAGACAUUGGAGACUCGUCUUGGGAUGCAAGUCAGGAUGAUGCAACCUGAUAAGAGGGCCCAACAGGAUAUCUUGGCUCGAUUGAAAAGUAUCGAGGUCAAGUUGGGUGACCAGUUCGGCGCAGGAGGAUCGAGGUUUCCCGGCUCAGCUUCCUUAAGUAAGACAGGUCCCGGAUCGACUUUGAUCGCUGGAUCGGCUGGCGGACCGAGGACGGAAGCUCAACAGAAAGAUCAUGGACUUCAAGUGACUGAAGAGAUCUACUUCUCUAGACCUAGCGAGACUGAAGCGGUGGAUUUGGCCACGGAGGGCCAAGAGAACGGAUCGCAUGAUUGGCGAUUGGGUAUCGUGGAUCUCGACGAGGAUACAAAAGUUCUAUCAGCGGCUAAGAUCAGUCCUUCACGUGCGGCGUCUGAAUCUUCAUCCACUCAUGGAUCAAAUACCAUAAAAGUCGUGCCUCCUCCAUCUACUGCACCUUCACCUCCCUAUGCGGCUUACAAGCGACCUGCCGCGAUGCUCUUCGGUGGUCUCAGAAUGGGAAUUGGAAAACAUGGACCUAUGCCCAUCGUGGAUCCCUCAAACCCAAACUACAUGUAGGCGGUUCUGCCCCUUCUAUCUUCGACAUUCAAGCUUCCCGUGAUUGUAAAUUACUUCGAAACCGGUUGUCUCUGUAUGCCUUCGGUUGUAUUGCUUGUGCCCGUAAGUUAGGGAUUGCCAUUUCUCAUGAUUCUGCAUAUGAUCAUGCCAUCGAUUACUGUCCCCUUACUCUUCUUCCUUCCCACGAAAGCAUCCUCUUGACUUGACACAUCUCACCUUCGAAUGGCCAACAUUCGGCAUAUGCCCUGUCUCGUCAUUCGACCUUGGUAUGUUCUUUGGCCUUAAAUUUUAUCGCGUCCUCCAACCUAGGCAUGAAACUCACCGCCAUAGGCUCCUGGCUUGAGCACCUGACCUUCCCGGUACCACUCCUUCCCAAC